AUGGAACUAGGAGACCUGCCUCCCCCGGACCCUUCCACGCUCGGCCUGCCGCGCAUUCUCAUGCUGCACGGCGGCGGUACCAACUCGCGCAUCUUCCACAUGCAGUGCCGCAGCAUCGACUACCACCUAAAGCCACACUUCCGCACUGUCUACGUCGAGGCACCGCUGCCCUCGAUCGCCGGGCCCGACGUGCUGACCGUCUACGCCGAGUGCGGGCCCUUCAAGCGCUGGGUGCUGACGACGGAGCCCAACGCCGUCGAGCGGCAGCCCAAGGAGACGUGGGACCUAGACGAGCGCGCCAUCGCCGACGCCAUGGACGCCGACGACCGCCGCGGCGCCACGGGGCCCUGGGUCGGCGUCCUCGGCUUCAGCCAGGGCGCCAAGAUGGCCGCCUCCGUGCUGCUUCGCCAGCAGGAGAACCCGGCCGCCCUGGGUGGGUUGCGCCGCGCCGGCUGCGACUUCCGCUUCGGCGUCCUCAUGGCCGGCCGCGGCCCGCUCAUCCAGCCCGACCCGGACUCGGCCGACUGGCUGGGCGCGGGUGAGAAGUUCGACUAUGCCAGCAACCUUGCGGCGAAGCGGGUGCUGCACGUGCCGACUAUCCAUGUCCAUGGCAUGCAGGACCCCGGACUGGAUUUCCACGAGGUGCUGCUGUCCGAGUGGUGCGAGCCGGGCACCACGAAACUGAUCCAGUGGGAGGGAAACCACAGGUUGCCCUUUAAGACGCCUGAUGUCGGGAGAGUAGUGAACGCGAUCUUGGACCUGGCACGGAAGCAGGGUGUGCUUCGCUGA